AUGGGUCUAUUGUUGCUUAAGGGAAUUGUUUUAAUGAUAUCAGAUACAGGUUUGUGUAAAUCAGUUUAUAAAACCUCUUCAACGGCUGGCAAAAUUAACUUCUCUCCGAUAGUAUGCGGUUUUCCGGAUUUUUCUAUAAGUAACGAGAUAUUGUAAGACGCCCGCAAACCAUCAUCAUUUCUUUGUGACGUCGAAGUGAACAUUCUGUCCAGUGCAG